GAUUCCUACAAAAUUAGGUCACACUGAAAAUUAUUGAGCAACUCAGUGAGAGAAAUUUGCUUUGGCAAUGGCGAUGAGCAGAAUUUGUCUGAGGAAAUGCAAUGGUUAAAGAUGCUGUUGAAUUGUUCAAAAAAUUGCUGAGAGAGAAGAUUUGUGUGCCCGAUGAAAUCAUGUAUGCAACAGUAAUGAAUGGACUCAGCAAAAGGGGUCAUACUCAGAAGACUUUAAGUUUGCUUCGGUUAAUGGAACAAGGUAACACUCAGCCCGGCAUAUAUAUCUACAACAUUGUUAUAGAUGCUCUUUGCAAAGAUGGAAACUUAGAUGCUGCUAUCAACAUUCUGAACGAGAUGAAGCAGAAAGGCAUUCAUCCAGACAUAUUAACGUAUAAUUCAAUGAUUGAUGGUUUGUGUAAGCUCGGUCAGUGGGAAAAGGUUAAAACUUUGUUCUCAGAGAUGGUGAACCUUAAUAUGUAUCCAGAUGUGCGCACGUUCAACAUACUAACAGAUGGACUAUGCAAAGAAGGGAAAGUUGAAGAUGCCGAGGAAGUAAUGGAACUCAUGGUUGAAAAGGGUGUUGAGCCUAAUGUAAUCACCUACAAUGUGAUAAUGGAUGGAUAUUGCUUGCGUGGUCAACUAGAUAGAGCGAGGAGAAUUUUUGAUAUCUUGAUAGAUAAGGGCAUUAAGCCUGACAAUGUUAGCUAUAGCAUACUAAUAAAUGGAUACUGUAAGAAAAAGAAAAUCUCCAAGGCCAUGCAGGUGUUUCGUGAAAUUUCAAAAAAGGGAUUAAAGCCUACUAUUUGUACCUACAAUACUAUCUUGCAAGGUCUGUUUGAAUCCGGUAGAAUUGGUGAUGCAAAAACAAUUUAUGAAGAGAUGCUAUCAGCAGGGCCUGCCCCUGAUUUAUACAUUUAUUGUACUUUGCUUGAUGGUUAUUUUAAGUACGGACUUGUUGAAGAUGCUAUGUCACUCUUUAAUAAGUUGGAAAGAAAGACAGAAAAUAUUGAUAUUAUUUUUUACAAUAUUAUCAUUAAUGGAUUGUGUAAAAACGGUGAACUCGAUAAAGCUCAUGCUAUUUUUCAGAAGCUUUCCUCAAUGGGAUUGCUUCUGGAUGUGAGAAUAUACACUACAAUGAUAACUGGAUUUUGUUUGCAAGGGUUGUUAGAUGAAGCUAAGGAUAUGCUUAGAAAAAUGGAAGAGAACGGUUGUUUUCCAAACAAUGUCACUUACAAUGUUAUCGUGCGAGGAUAUCUUAGGUGCAGGAAAAUAAAUGAAAUGGUAACUUUAAUGAAGGAAAUGACUGGAAGGGGCUUCUCAUUUGACGCAACUACAGCUGAGUUACUUGUAAAGGAAAUAAGUGAGAAUCCUUCCGUCCUUGACAUGAUACCAGAGCUCCACACGGAAAACAGGAAGUGAAAAUUGCUAUCGCUUGGUUUA